AUGGCAUCGAAAGUCUGGCUCAUCACCGGCUGUUCCUCCGGAUUUGGCAAAUGCAUCGCAGAAGCUGCCCUGCGGCGGGGCGACGUUGUAGUGGCAACUGCGCGUCAAGUUGCCACUCUCGCUGAUCUCGAGAGCAAGGGUGCUCUAGUCUACGAGCUGGAUGUGACCUGGCAGGACGAAAAGUUGAAUGGCAUUGUGUCUGAUGUGCUGGCAAAGACGCGGCGGAUCGACAUCCUCGUGAACAACGCAGGCUACAUUCUGACUGGGGGAAUUGAGGAGGUCAGUGCGGAGGAAGUCUUCCACCAGUACGACACCAACGUCAUCGGCCAGCUCAACGUCGCCCGUGCCAUUCUUCCUCACAUGCGCCAAAACCACGCUGGGGUCAUCUGCAACAUGGCGUCUAUUGGGAGCUGGCGCGGUGUCGCUGGUGCUGGAAUUUACUGUAGCUCCAAGGCAGCCUGUUCGAUCAACUCGGAGGCUUUGCGUGCUGAAGUCGCCCAUCUGGGGAUCGAGGUGGUGGCAGUAGAGCCUGGCUACUUUCGCACCAACUUCCUGACCGACUCCAAUCGCAAGCGGGCACAGAAACGCAUUUCAGACAUUGCUGGUCCCGUGGAGGCCGCUUUGUCGACUUUAGAUGAAAAGAACCGCAAGCAGCCAGGCAAUCCGGUUGUUGCGGCGGACUUGCUGGUUGAAGCGCUGACGCAGACUGGCCGAUGCGAGGGAAAGACUCUGCCUUCGAGACUAGCUUUGGGUAACGAUGCGGUUUAUCUGAUUCCGUCGAUUUUGGAUCGGGUUCGUGAGGAUAUCUAUGACUGGAAGGAGCUGACUGGGAGCACUGAUUUCGAGUAG